AUGGACGGGAAUAAUCACCGCUCCAAGCGCCGUCGACUGGAUCGAUCCCCAAGCCACGAAAAUGGCUACAUUCAGUCGCCCGUGGAGUCUUCAUCGGACGAACUCGCCGCGGGCUCCGAUCACGACGAGGCCGAGCGGCGUCGCGCAAGUUGGACCUUACAGAAAGCAUUACCCCCCAAACGUCCAAAUACACGCCUGCGCAGUUUCAGCGGCUCUGAGAGCCCAGAUGAGCUGGCAGUAGACGCUGACGUGUAUUGGCGCUCCCGCAACCGGGGCCGCAAUUCGUCGCCCUCCGAAGUGAGCGCCGCGGGGCCGUCAUCAGAACACUACCAAGACGAGGAGGAAGUAGACGCCGAUGUGGACGACAAUGAAUCCCCUAUGGAAGGGGAUGCAGAGCCUGAGCAAGCAUAUUCAGAUCGGUCGCCCACGCCUGUCCCUCCGCCUCCACCACCGCCGCCGCCAAAACCGGACAAGAUUAAUUACCAGCAAAAGUUUCUGUUACGAGGUCACUUACGGGGGGUUUCCGCAGUACGGUUCUCGCCUGAUUCAACUAUGAUUGCCAGUGGCGGGGCCGACGGAGCUGUCAAGGUGUGGGAUACGUUGACCGGAAGGCUGGUGCAUACGUUCGAGGGCCAUUUGGCAGGAAUAUCGACAAUUUCCUGGAGCCCGGACGGGGCUAUCAUUGCUUCUGGGUCGGAUGACAAGACCAUCCGCCUGUGGAAUGUGCUGACGGGCAAAGCGCAUUCGAUUCCCUUCGUUGGCCACCAUAAUUACGUCUACCAGAUUGCCUUCUCGCCAAAGGGCAACAUGCUGGUCAGCGGUUCUUACGACGAAGCGGUAUUCCUCUGGGACGUGCGCUCCGCUACUGUGAUGCGUUCUCUCCCCGCGCAUUCCGACCCCGUCGGCGGGAUUGACGUCGUCUGGGACGGGACCCUCAUAGCGUCAUGCGCGACCGAUGGGCUGAUUCGAAUCUGGGAUACGGCAACGGGCCAGUGUCUGCGCACGCUGGUCCAUGAGGACAAUCCACCGGUCACGUCGGUGAAAUUCUCACCCAAUGGCAAGUUUGUCUUGGCCUGGUCGCUGGACGACUGCGUACGGCUGUGGAACUACGUUGAAGGACGCUGUAUCAAGACCUACCAGGGGCACGUGAACCGGAAAUACAGUCUGUCGGGUGGUUUUGGUACAUACGGAGUGCGUGGAGCACCGCCCCAUGCCUUUGCUGUUAGCGGGAGUGAAGAUGGAGCUGUUCUAUGUUGGGAUGUAGUAAGCAAGAAAACCUUACAACGGAUUGAAGGGCAUACGGGCGUGGUCUUGGGCGUCGACACUUGCACGCUGGGCGACAAGCGGUUAAUGGUAAGCUGUGGGAUCGACCAGACGGUGCGGGUGUACGAGGAGGUCGAAGAAGACGGCCGAAUGGAAACCGAUGCGAAAGAAUCUCCCCCGGCGAUCAAUGGGACUGGGCCAAAUGGAACCGAACCAAAUGGGAUUCUGCCAAACGGGACAACACAGAACGGAGCAGAAGGACACGAUACAAGUGAGCAGCAGGACACCGGAGAUACCCAAGAACCUCAGGACACGGAGAUGGCAGAUGCUGAUACCGUUCCGGAGGGAUGA